CAGGCGCCCAGCACAUUCCAGCAGGAACCUGCUGCUCAGCUAUCAAAGGGCCUUUCUUCUUCCCGGCGUGCGGGAUUCCAGACGGCACCACGCUGGGCGGGAUCCGGGCAGGCCCCAGCCAGCCCGGGCAGCAUGGGCACCAAGCACCAGCAUGCCUAUUGCAGGCUGUUUGCACCCACUCUGCACCGAGAGAUGCGACACACCAGAAGCGGCGCAAGGAGCCUGUGUGUGUGGACUGAUCGGAGACGUCCAGGCUGAAAGGGCCCGUUCUGACCAUCCGAUCUGCCCUGCUGCAUGGCACAGUCCAGACUCCCCCAGGCUUCCUGGGCAGAGCCCUCGGGUUAGCUCUUCCAGAGCAAGCCGUGCUGCACAGCCAGGAAGAGCUGCCAGGGAGCAAUGGAGAGAUGCCGCCCUGCCACAGAGAGCUAUCGUCCUGCGUGGCAGAGAUGCCUGGAGAAAUGCCACCCAGCAAGGUUGAGAUGGAGCCCUGUCUGGCUGAGCUGCCACCCAGCCAUGGAGAGCCGGGAAGCAGCCUGGGAGAGCUGCUGCCCUGCAUGGUCGAGAUGUCGCCCAGCAAGGCUGAGAUGCCUGAGAAGCAACCAGGGCUUGUAUCCCGCGGGAAGUGCCUAGUCCAUAACUGGCAGGAGGAGAGGACCACGAACGAGCUGGAUCGAGUGCCGAGUCCAGAGCUGUGCAGUGAAGGCUUCUUCUACCGGCACGGGCACCGUGGGCUGCUCACCCUUCAGCUCCUCUCGCAGCUGGCCGACAGCACCACCAUGAAGGAUUCCUAUCGCAGGCCCCAGCGGACCGGGCUGCCUGUGAGAGGGCAGCGGGAGGCCAUGCUGGAGUUAAUGCUGUACCAGAAAUACAGGAAGGAGACCCUGACGGAGCUUUACCCUCCUGCCGGGCCCAUGGAGUCGCUCUCCACCACCCACCGGGACUACUGCCAGGAGGGCUUCCAGGCUGCACUGCUGCCCCCCACCAGGCCCCACGACUAUCGCCUGGAGCAGCCCCACACCUUCUGGCUGGAGAGCGCCCGCCAGCUGCCUGGCGUCUCCAACAUCCGUACCAGCGACACCCCCUUUCGGAGGAACGCGACCUUCACCACCCCGAUCAGCGACUACCUGGACCAGCCCUUGCCCUACGCCCCAGAGAACUACCCCAAACUUUAGGCCCCGCAGGGCAAUAAAGAGUGGACGGGA